UGCUUGUUUUCUUAGCUCUCCUAGCCGGCAGACCUUGAAUGGCCCUUCUUCGCGGUCAAGACGCGUCUCUCGGUUGAACAAGAUCGCCAAGCAGGGCAAGUACCACCACAAUGUCUGAGAAACCUGAGACGAGCAGCCGUGAAGGCGAUACCUCCGGCAACGAUGGCGCCAACCCGGGCGUCAAGAGCGAGACCAUCCAGCAUGCCGGCCUUCCCAGCGUGCCAGUCAUCGGCGAGCCCCAAAACUGGUUCCUCCGCUUCUGCAGCAGGAUGGGUGACCUCCCCGAGUGGAAGGUCAGUGGCAAGCGUCUCCGCGGACAGGCCCUGAACUGGGGCAUUGGAAUCAUCGCCUCGUGCGGCUUCCUCAUGUUCGGCUACGACCAGGGUGUUCUCUCUGGUCUCUUGACCCUCGACAGCUUCCAGAAAAACCAGGGGCUGAUGACCCCCCUCGAACGGUCCAACCCUCUCUGCUACCACGAAGACGGCACCCGUGACCUUCGCUACUGCCACGGCGACGCCAACACCCAGGCGGCUGGUGUUGCCAUCUACCAGAUUGGCUGCUUCCUCGGCGCUGUCCUCAUUCUGUUCUACGGCGAGGCAUGGGGUCGUCGCUCUUCGACCUUCUGGGGCUCCCUCGUCAUGAUCAUCGGCACCGUCAUGCAGGCUGCUUCCUUCGAGUACGGUCUCUUUGUCGCCGGUCGCGUCGUCGGCGGCAUCGGCAACGGCAUGGUCACGUCCACCAUUCCCACCUGGCAAUCCGAAUGUGCUCGUCCGGAGCGCCGCGGCUUCCUCAUCACCAUAUCCGGCGCGCUCAUUUCCGGCGGCAUCAUGAUCUCGUACUGGGUCGUCUACGGCUUCUAUUUCCUCGAGGGCGAGGUCAGGUGGCGCUUCCCCAUCAUGUUCCAGUCCUUCUUCACCGUCUUGGUCAUGAUCGGUCUGCUCUACCUUCCCGACUCUCCCCGUUGGCUCAUCAUGAAGGGCCGCACCGACGAGGCCCGCGACGUCAUUGGCCGCCUGCUCGACGCGCCCGAGGACAGCACGGUUGUCAAGGAGGAAAUGGAGCAGAUUAUCACUGCCCUCAACGUCGAGCGUGGGGGCGGCAAGUUCUCCCGUCUCUUCAGCGGCGGUGUGUCGCAGAAUCUCCAUCGCGUCGGCCUCGGUAUCGCCGCCCAGUUUUUCCAGCAGAUCUGCGGCAUCAACCUCAUCACCUACUACCUCACCUUCGUCUUCGAGAACUCGCUCGGCUUUGGUCCCGAAUUGUCCCGUCUCUUGGCCGCUUGCAACGGCACCGAGUACUUCAUUGCCUCUCUUGUUGCGCUGCCUCUGAUUGAGCGUGUCGGCCGCCGCAAGCUCAUGCUUUUCGGUGCCUUUGGCAUGAUGGCUUCCAUGGCUAUUCUCGCCGGCAGUGCCUCGACCGGUGAGACGCUUCCCAACGGCGCGCCCAGGCUGAGCACCCUCUACGGUGUCGUUGCCACCGUAUUCCUCUUCGGCUUCAACACCUUCUUCGCCUUCGGCUGGCUGGGCAUGACGUGGCUGUACCCGGCCGAGAUCACCAACCUCCAGACGCGUAUCCAGGCCAACGCUCUCUCGACUUGCUCCAACUGGCUGAGCAACUUCUUGAUCGUCAUGAUCACCCCUCCAGCCUUUGCCAACCUGCAGUACAGGACUUACAUCUUGUUCGCUGCCUUCAACGCCGCCAUCAUCCCCUGCGUCUACCUCUUCUUCCCCGAGACGGCCAAGCGAUCCCUCGAGGAGAUCGACCUAUACUUUGCUCGCGCCUAUACCGAGAAGGUCUCGCCCGUCAAGAUGGCCAAGAUCAUGCCCCGGUACAACCCCGCCGAGCUCAAGACCGAACUCGCCAAAUACUUUGAUGCCGACGACAUUGAACGUCGGCGCUCGUCAGUGGCGGCCUCUGCUCCCACCUCCGCUCCGUCGUAAAGCGUCGAGAGCGACAGAUCACGCCCGCCCCCCAGGCUCCGUGUCGGGCACGGGUACAAGGGCGUGGCGAUUUAACCCCAAGCGCCACUGCUUGGGUGGUGAUGUGAUGCGGGACAGGAGCUGACCGUAUUGCGAUCUUGGAAUUACGCUUCAUUACUUUUCUUAAAUGCUAGUUAGAGAUACCGAUUAGAGUUCAAUAGAGUGACGCAGUCACGCACGCGUCUGUUGAUUUGCCACUUG